AUGACCGACGCAGCCGUGGCCGACUGGCAAGUACUGUCGCGGAAGGGAUUCAACGUGGACAACCUGUCUCUUGGUGCCUCCUGGUUUGCCACAAUCCUGAGCUGCGUCCUCAUAGUGGCCCUCAUCUGGUACCUGACGCACGUGCUCCCUUCCGUGUGCGACCACCCGCUGGCCACUGGAUUCCUGUUCACGAAGAACUACUGGUUACCCCGCGCGCACGCGGUGCUUGAAGUGCCGGCGACACCGGAGCAGCAGCAGCUGAGUGCCCUCGAAGAGCUGCCCGAGAGCGUGAAGGUCGUCGUGGAGGCCGACAACGUCACCAAGGAAUAUGCGAAGAUCAAGGCCGUGACCAGAGUGAGCCUGAAGGCGUUGGACAACCAAAUAACGGUCAUACUCGGUGCAGACGGCGCAGGAAAGUCAACGCUUCUGAGGCUGCUAUCGGGAAACGUUCCUCCCACUUCUGGUCACGUGACGGUCUGCAACAUGGACACGGUGCUCUCGAGACCCAUGGUUCGCACGGUGGCCUCGUUUUGUCCAAGACUGGCCACUUUCAGCGUCGACAUGACAGUCUGGGAGCACCUCCUGCUCUACGCUGUGCUCAAAGGGGUGCCGCUCAGGAACAUAUGGAGGAGGGCGAGGGAGGUGCUGUCGGACACAGACUUCAACGAGAAGAUACAGUCGUUUCCACACCUUCUCUCCGAGAUCGCCCAGCAGCGGCUGCUCUUGGCCAUCUCGCUGCUCAACAAGCCUCGCGUGUUGUUCCUCGACGAGCCCACGUGCAAGCUGGACGAGGAGGCUCGCCGCGAAGUGUGGACCCUGCUGGAGAGCAUCCGCGCCAGCUGCGCCAUCGUGAUGACCAGCACGAUGACCGAGGAGGCGGACGUGGUCGGCGACCGCGUGGCUAUCAUGUCGCACGGACGCGUGCGUUGCUGCGGGACGCCCACCUUCCUCAAGCAGGCGCACGGAACGGGCUACGAGAUACGGUUCCCGAAGACCGAGAAGGUCUUGAACGUCGAGCACCACCUGCUGUCCAUCGUCCGGCAGCGCACAGGGCAGGCGCGGCUGUCGCAGACGCCCCGCAACGUGGUCAUCUCGCUGGGCACCCGGGACACGCGCGGCUUCACCGACAUGUUCAAGCACAUCGAAGAGUUCUGCCACUCCCACGGCAUAUACGACAUAGGCGUCACCUUCUCCACGCUCGAGGACGUGUUCAUCAAGAUGUCUACCGAGCCGGACAACGUAGACCUGAAUAUUAUCCCCGAUGUAGAAAGCAGCUGCGUGCAGGCGUUCAGCGACGAGCCCGUUUCGACGCCGUCGAUCGGCGGCCAGCUGGCGGCGCUGCUGUUCAAGCGCCGCGCCACACUCGCCAUCGACCGCGCCGCGCCACUCAUGGUGUACGUUCUCUUCGCCGCCAUGAUGCUCUUCAUGGAGUACUUGCAGUCCGGACCGGCCUGGCUCGUCACCCUCUUUCCGGAUUACGUGACUCCGCCGCGCGACUUAUCCUUCCUGCGCCAGCAGUCGAGCUCGGACCACGGCGUCAACAUCGACAUCGGCACCAUGUACCCGAAAUCCGUGACGUUCUUGCGAGGGACAAGUGAGCUCAGCAGUCACUACUACCUGCCGCUCAUCCGGGAUGUCACCACCAUCUGGACCAUCGACGGGGAUCCCUCGGACGAACUGGAUCUACUUGCCCGAAAGCACUUUUUCCACUACUCGCGGAAAUACGUCAUUGGAGCCGACUUCAGUGAUCCCAGCAGACCCGAGGCGUGGUGGAAUCCGUACGUGCCGUACAGCAAGAGCAUCGCCACGUCGCUCAUGAACAGCGCGCUGCUCCGCUACUACAGCGGGGACGCGAGCGCCGUGUUCCGCAUCCACCUGCGAGCCUUCGCCAGGAGAUCGACCAACACGCCGGUGCACGAAGACGUGGCGCACACCGUGCUUCGCGACACCACGGGUUUCGUGGAGCGCGGCCUGUCUUCGCUCAGCCCUUGGCGCAAGCUGAUGCUUCCGCCCAUCAUGGGCCUGGCCGGGGCAGCGUUCGCGGUGGCGCCCGUGGCCGAGACGGCGUCGGGCUCCAAGCGGCUGCAGCUGAUGACAGGCCUGCCGGGCUACGUGUACUGGCUCGGCCACUACCUGUUCGAUGGCUUCUUCUACGCGCUCCUCUGGUUCACGGCCGGCGUCGCGUUCGUGGCGAACAACAGAGUGCGCGCCGACACGGCCGGUACGGACGCUCAGCGAGCAGCCACCAAGCUGCUCCCCACCCCCCACCAUGCCUCCUUUCCCCUUUAAAAUCAAAACUUCCUUUGUCUACCACUCGGUGAUUUGGCGUGUCGGCGUCGCCUGUCUCGCCGAAUAGGAACUGUCGCCACGUUAUCGCCACCGUAAUGUCGCUGCCGCGGGUGUAUACGAUCACUUUCGCGAGGUUUCGCGUGAUUCGGAUAUGCGUUGGCGUAUAUAUACGGCUGACAGACGUUUUCGGCGGCCGAAGCCCGCUAUGUUUGCACAGUGCCUGGAACGCUUUAGGCCGCGCACCUCGACGCGUCCGGUGCUGAGUCACGCGAAGGUGAGAUUAACAUAGAAACUAAUCGCUAUACAGAGCAUCGCCCCUGAAUAAAACACUAACCUUAUCUCUGCAAGGCGCGCCACCGUGGGUGAUGACCGUUAUGGACGCGUUCGUCGCCAAAAUUCGCUGCGCGUUUCUUAUCGCGAGGCGCCGUUUCGUCUUGCCGGCUCAUCUAACCAUAGCGUUCCUGACAUUAUUGCCUAGAGAGAAAUCUGGCCGCACCGUCAAUGGGAGUUUUCCUAACGCGUGCUCUGCCGUCAUGGGAAGGACGGUAUAUGAGUGUUCGAGACUUGUGCUGGCUGGUGUUGAGCUUUGAAACGGCUGCACAAACAAUGGGUUCCUAAAUAAAACCAGCAUAAAGGAUUUUCAUCCACCCGUGUUGCAUCUUUCGGUGACGUUCACCCACCCGCAGUGCAUAAUCAACAGAAGAAAAGCAAGAGCAGACGACAAACUGUGGAAAAGCGAGCGCGAACUUUUUUCUAG